ACAGAGUCACCCAACGACAAGAUGCCUUUCACCAAGUUGGUCAAGAACAACGCCUACUUCAGUCGCUACCAGACGAAGUACAAGCGCCGCCAGUCAGGCAAGACCGACUACUAUGCCCGCAAGCGCUUGAUCACCCAGGCCAAGAACAAGUACAACGCACCAAAGUACCGCCUGGUCAUCCGCUUCACCAACAAGGACAUCAUCGCCCAGAUCGUCUCCUCUGAGCUCACCGGCGACAAGGUCUUCGUCGCAGCCUACGGCCACGAGCUCAAGCGCUACGGCAUCACCCACGGCCUCACCAACUGGGCCGCCGCCUACUGCGUCGGUCUCCUCAUCGCCCGCCGCGCCCUGAACAAGCUCGAGCUCGACGAUACCUUCACUGGUGUUGAGGAGCCAGAUGGAGAGUUCGGCCUCACUGAGCCAGAGGAGGUUGACGGCGAGACGCGCCGCCCAUUCAAGGUCUUCCUCGAUGUCGGUCUCACCCGCACUUCCACCGGUGCCCGUGUCUUCGGUGCCAUGAAGGGUGCUUCCGACGGUGGACUCUACGUUCCACACAGCGAGAAGCGUUUCCCAGGUUACGAUAUCGAGACCAAGGAGCUCGAUGCAGAGACUCUUCGCAAGUACAUCUUCGGUGGUCACGUCGCUGAGUACAUGGAGACUCUCGCCGAUGAUGACGAGGAGCGCUACCAGUCUCAAUUCAAGGGCUACAUCGAUGACGAGAUCGAGGCUGAUGGUCUUGAGGAGCUCUACGCCGAUGCCCACAAGCAGAUCCGUGAGGACCCAUGGAAGAAGGCUGAGGAUGAUGGCGAGCAGAAGAAGAGCAAGGAGGAGUGGAAGGCUGAGACCAAGAAGCACAUGCACAAGAAGCUCACCCGCGAGGAGCGUCGCGAGCGUGUCUCCCAGAAGAUCCAGGCUCUUGCUCAGGAGUUGUAGGUGGUACUCUCCUGGCUUGGCAACGAGCAAUUUUCGACGUGAGUUUACGGAAAGGCGUAUUGUGUAUCCUGCGUGUCAGCAGCAGCAUGGGCGGCGUUUAGCUGUGGUCUGGUCUGGUCCUGGUCACACUGAUCGAUGAUGGACUGUGAAUGUGAAAUGAUACCAAAACCUUUCCGUGGUCUCCACUG